UCAUUACAAGAUAGUGUUGGUUGAGACUUGUUUUGCAUUAGUUUAAGUCAGUGGUGAUGGGGAGGCAACCUUGCUGUGACAAACUGGGCGUCAAGAAAGGACCAUGGACUGCAGAGGAAGACAAGAAGCUCAUCAACUUCAUUCUCACCAAUGGCCAGUGCUGUUGGCGAGCCGUCCCCAAGCUCGCCGGCCUCCGGCGUUGUGGUAAGAGUUGCCGCCUUCGCUGGACUAAUUAUCUCCGUCCUGACUUGAAGCGAGGACUUCUCACUGAAGCUGAAGAGCAGCUCGUUAUCGAUCUCCAUGCCCGUCUUGGCAACAGGUGGUCCAAAAUUGCUGCCAGAUUACCUGGAAGGACAGACAAUGAGAUUAAGAAUCACUGGAACACCCACAUCAAGAAAAAGCUGCUUAAGAUGGGUAUCGAUCCUGUUACUCAUGAACCUCUUAAUAAACAGGCUGCCUCCCAGGAAACAUCUUCCCCUCAGGAUAUUCCACAAUCUUCAAAUAAUCACCAGCUUAAGGAAAGUGAAACGGUUCCCAAUUCCGAGGAGAAUUCGAGCACAUCCCCAGUUGAAAACUCUUCAGGCGACGAGUCCCUUCUACUAGAUAGUAUAUGCAGCGAUGAUUCUCUAAUGAACAGCUUGUGGCAGGAUGAAACACCCCUGGUGGAUGCAUUAUGGGACAGUGAACCUAAAGUGCAGAACAUUACUAAUGAUGACAUGGCCAUGCCAUUUUGGGAGGACAACUGUGCUUGGUUUUUGGACUGUCAGGACUUUGGUAUUCAUGAUUUUGGUUUUAAUUGUUUUAAUGAGAUUGAGUCAAAUGCACUGCAAACUUUAGGAAUCGAGGGAAAGGAUCAUUAGCAAGCAGUACUCCCUGUGAUCAGAGUUGUCCCUAUAAAAGCAGAGUAUUAUAUCAAAUCUGUACAAGUUACAUAAUACCAUGGGCUGAAAGUCAGGCUCUUGGUAUUGAAUUUUAUCAAGCUAGCAUGUUAAACAAUAUUCUUGGAAGGUGGAAGGUGGACCUUUCCUCUUAAGAGGUUCCUCACCAUCCAAAUAAACAGAGCUGAUACCAAAACCAAAUCAUAAAAUCCCACGAUACUUGUUUUCUCAUAAAUGUUGUAAUCUUAUGUGCAUGGUAGGGAUACGGGAAUGGAAAUGUCAAAGUGCUACUGGUUUUCGUGAUUACUUAACCUUUUGUACAUAGAUGUUUACUUUGAAAAUAAUGGUUAAAAUGUUAUUUUGUUGUGGUUAUAAA